ACGUUGGCUUGUCGAUAUAGCAUCAUUGCGUUGACGCGAAGAAUAUCAUAGCUGAUAUUUUUGAUCGUACAGCUUAGGCGCUACAUUAAACAAGAAAACAAGAAGAUAUUAUCGUCGAGUUCCGAGGAGCUUGUUAGUUGUCAACGACGAUCAAAGUGGCUCCCGCGGAGUGUGUCGAUCGUCGCGGCAAAAUUGGCUCUAACACGGAUCCCACAAUGGUCAUACGGUCAGAUGGUGGCAGCAGCGAAAGCCCACUUGUUGUAGAAGAGGGUGAGGCUGUUGGCCAACCACAUAGUCCACACAAUAAACACAGUCAUAGUCAUAGUCAUACUCAUCCCCAUGGAGCACAAAGUCAUCACCAUGAUAAGCCUAAACAGGCAGUAAAAUAUGGAGAACUAGUCAUUCUUGGAUACAAUGGAUAUCUUCCACCUGGUGACCGUGGAAGAAGAAGAAGUAAAUUUGUUUUGUAUAAGAGACCUAUGGCCAAUGGUGUUAAACGUAGUAAACAUUAUGUUGUCAAAACGCCUCAUUGCUCUCAAGCCAUUUUAAAUACAAAACAACACUCAAUUUCUUACACAUUAUCCAGAACACAAGCUGUGAUUGUAGAAUACACUGAAGAUGAGGAUACUGACAUGUUUCAAAUUGGGAGAUCUUCAGAGUCUCCAAUUGACUUUGUUGUAAUGGAUACUUAUCCUGGCGGUAGCGAAGUAGUUACUGCAAGUGAAGGUCGAGUUGCUCAAAGUACUAUCAGCAGGUUUGCGUGUCGAAUUCUUGCUGAUCGUUCUGACCCAAAAAUAGCUCGGAUCUUUGCUGCUGGGUUUGAUAGCUCUAGGAAUAUUUUCUUGGGGGAAAAAGCUACUAAGUGGCAAGAAAAUAGAGAGAUAGAUGGACUGACGACCAAUGGCGUUUUAAUUAUGCAUCCACGUGGACAGUUUUGUGGAGGUGAAGCACAAUGUGGCUACUGGCGAGAAGUGAGCGUUGGCGGCGGUGUCUUCUCAUUACGGGAAAGUCGAAGUGCCCAGCAAAAAGGCAACGUUGUUGAAGAUGAAAACAAUGUUCUGCAAGAUGGUACUCUUAUAGACUUAUGUGGAGCUACGUUAUUGUGGAGGUCUGCUGAGGGACUUGCAAAAUCUCCUACCAAACACGAUUUAGAAGAAUUAGUAGAUGCCAUAAAUGCUGGUCGACCACAGUGCCCUGUUGGUCUUAACACACUUGUCAUACCACGAAAGGCUGCAUCAGAAUCCGCCCAACAACAACCCUAUGUUUAUCUUAAGUGUGGUCACGUUCAGGGUCACCAUGACUGGGGUCAGGAAAAAGAUAAAGCCACGAGAAGGUGUCCGAUGUGUUUAGUUGCAGGUCCAAUUGUUAAACUCUGCAUGGGAAUCGAACCAGCAUUUUACGUUGACAGUGGUCCACCGACAUACGCAUUUAGUCCGUGCGGGCACAUGGCUACUGAAAAAACUGUAAAAUAUUGGGAAAAAGUUGCAAUACCACAUGGUACAAAUGGCUACAUUGCAAUUUGCCCUUUUUGUGCAGUACCAUUAGAAGGAUCACCAGGAUAUGUAAAACUUAUUUUCCAAGAUCACGUAGAUUAAAAAUUUUUACGUGCCGUAAGCUCGUGAAAAAGCUCUGUACAGAAGUCAUUAUUUUGUUUACCUUAACUAAGCUUUUUUAGUUAAGGUAAUAAUAGAGCCUUAUUGUGUGUAAGUUAAUAAAAUUAAUUUUUCGAAUUUUGCCGUUAAGUAGAGUGCCACAGAUUAUUAAAGCGUUUAGUUUUUUCAAUUAGCAUAAAUAGGUUAUUUUCUACUAAGGCUGCUGUCAAGUUACAUCUGCCAUAACAAAAUUUUAUAACAGAAAGAUUUUUCAGCUUUGACAUGCUUAAAGACCAUUUGUUCGCAAAAAUGGAAGUCGCAUUAAAUUAUUAUGGCAAAUGAGAGAAAUUUUUUUAACAAAUUUGU